AUGUACGAGCUGGAGCGGGAAGCGUGCACAGAGCAGAGUGCCCGGGAGCUAGUGUUCCUGAAACCGCCACGGUGGCGUGCUAGGGGAGAAGAGUCAGGCAGAACAAGGGAGAAGUGCCACCCUGGGCCGCCUCCUCAGCUCCUGCUCUACUGUGGUAAAACAGAGUUACCGCCCAAGGGAAUGAGCCACCGAGACGGCAGGGCAGUGGGCAGAGCAGCUGCCGUGGUGCCCACACCCCGGGGCUGCCCACUGGAGAGGAAACGGGAGCUGAGUGCCCUGGGGGUGAGCCCAGAUCACAAGUGCUUAGAAAACAAAAAGGUCAAAGCUACAGGACGCCGCGGGAGCCUCAGAACCGGCUCAAGCCCCCGUUCCUGCCUGUGCCUGCGGCAGGAGCGGCCCUGGACAGACAGCGGACCGGAUGUUCUGAAGGGCAAAGAGGACGUGCGGGGUUGGGCAGACGUGCAGUGCAGAGGCACAGCCGGCGGCUGGCUCAGGCUUGUCAAUGCCCCAGACAUGAGCCAGCCCAGGCCCCGCUACGUGGUAGACAGAGCUGCGUACUCCCUCUCGCUCCUCGAUGAUGAGUUUGAGAAAAAGGACCGCACCUACCCGGUGGGAGAGAAACUUCGCAACACCUUCAGGUGCUCCUCCACCAAGUUCAAAGCCAUUGUGUUUGGGCUGUUGCCUGUGCUCUCCUGGCUCCCCAAGUACAAGGUCAAAGACUACCUCAUCCCUGACUUGCUGGGUGGACUCAGUGGGGGUUGUAUACAGGUGCCACAAGGCAUGGCAUUUGCAUUGCUGGCCAACCUCCCUGCAGUCAAUGGCCUCUACUCCUCCUUCUUCCCCCUCCUGACCUACUUCUUCCUCGGGGGUAUACACCAGAUGGUGCCAGGGGGCACCACAGGUACCUUUGCCGUUAUCAGCAUCCUGGUGGGUAACAUCUGUCUGCAGCUGGCCCCGGAGUCGAAAUUCCAGAUCUUCAACAACGUCACCAAUGAGACCUACGUGGACACAGCAGCCAUGGAGGCAGAGAGGCUGCAUGUGUCAGCGACACUUGCCUGCCUGACUGCUGUCAUCCAGAUGGGCUUGGGCUUCAUGCAGUUUGGCUUUGUCGCCAUUUACCUCUCUGAGUCCUUCAUCCGGGGCUUCAUGACAGCCGCCGGCCUGCAGAUCCUGAUCUCAGUGCUCAAGUACAUCUUUGGUCUGACCAUCCCCUCCUACACAGGCCCAGGCUCCAUCGUUUUUACCUUCAUUGACAUUUGCAAAAACCUCCCCCACACCAACAUCGCCUCGCUCGUCUUCGCCCUGGUCAGCGCUGUCUUCCUGGUGCUGGUGAAGGAACUCAACGCUCGGUACAUGCACAAGAUCCACUUCCCCAUCCCGACGGAGAUGAUCGUGGUGGUGGUGGCAACAGCCAUCUCUGGGAGCUGCAAGAUGCCAAAAAAAUACCACAUGCAGAUCGUGGGAGAGAUCCAACAUGGGUUUCCCUCUCCAGUGGUGCCGGUGGUUUCGCAGUGGAAGGACAUGGUGGGCACAGCCUUUUCCCUGGCAAUUGUGGGCUACGUCAUCAAUCUGGCUAUGGGCCGGACCCUUGCCAACAAGCAUGGCUAUGACGUGGAUUCUAAUCAGGAGAUGAUCGCCCUGGGCUGCAGCAACUUCUUCGGCUCCUUUUUCAAGAUCCACGUCAUUUGCUGUGCCCUCUCUGUCACGCUGGCCGUGGACGGGGCUGGAGGAAGGUCUCAGGUGGCAAGCUUGUGUGUGUCUCUGGUGGUGAUGAUCACCAUGCUGGUCCUGGGGUCCUAUCUGUACCCUCUCCCCAAGGCUGUGCUAGGAGCCCUGAUAGCUGUCAACCUCAAGAACUCCCUCAAGCAACUCAGUGACCCCUACUACCUGUGGAGGAAGAGCAAGCUGGACUGCUGUGUCUGGGUGGUCAGCUUCCUCUCCUCCUUCUUCCUGAGCCUGCCCUAUGGCGUAGCAGUGGGCGUCGCCUUCUCCAUCCUGGUUGUGGUCUUCCAGACCCAGUUUCGAAAUGGCUCCACACUAGCCCAGGUCAUGGACACGGACAUCUAUGUGAACCCCAAGACCUACAACAGGGUCCAGGAAAUUGAGGGGGUUAAGAUUGUGACUUACUGCUCCCCGCUCUACUUUGCCAACUCAGAGAUCUUCAGGCAAAAGGUCAUUGCCAAGACAGGUAUGGACCCCCAGAAAAUAUUGCUCGCCAAGCAGAAAUAUCUCCGGAGGCAGGAGAAGAGAGUGUCGAUGCCCACACAGCAGAGGAAGUCCCUCUUCAUGAAAACCAAGACGGUCUCUCUGCAGGAACUCCAGCAGGACUUUGAAACGGCUCCCUCAACUGACCCCAACAAUAACCAAGCGCCUGCAGGGGACGCCAACAUAUCCUACAUCACCUUCAGCCCAAACACCUCGGCAGCUGCCCCGUGUGAGCCGCCCACCUCAGCUCAGUCCCCCAGGGAGCCUAGUGACACGCUCGCCAGCGUCCCACCCUUCGUCACCUUCCACACUCUCAUCCUCGACAUGAGUGGAGUCAGCUUCGUGGACCUGAUGGGCAUCAAAACCCUAGCCAAGCUGAGCUCCACCUACGGGAAGAUCGGAGUCCAGAUCUUCCUGGUGAACAUCCAUGCCCAGGUGUACAAUGACAUCAGCCAUGGAGGAGUCUUUGAAGAUGGGUGUGUCCAGCGCAAUCACGUGUUCCCCAGCAUCCACGAUGCGGUCCUCUUUGCCCAGGCGAAUACCAGACAAGCCCCGGCAAGCAGCUUCCAAGGGGCUCCGGGAGACACUGAGCUCUCCUUGUGUGACUCCGAAGAGGACGGUCCCAGCUAUUGGGACUUAGAGCGGGAGAUGUUCGGGAGCAUGUUUCACACAGAGACCCUGACUGCCCUACAAGGAUUGGCAAGGAUGAGAGCCUGGUGGACCCACCUCAUCACCCUUCCCUUCCCACUCAAGCCUGGGCCAGCAGUAAGCUUAUUCUGCCCAUCUGCUCAUGCCCCACCCAUGGCAGCUGAUGGACACCUUGACUUCCCCUUAAGAGUGAGCCAAGAACGGAAAGAUAAGAGCAACUGUCCUGAGCUGGAGUGCAGUUCAGACGGGUCUGUGGCCUGGGUGGUCUGGCCUCGGAGGGUCUCAGGCUGUCGUGGGACACAGGGAUGGACUGGGUUAGAAUGUUGACACUUGUCCCUCCAAUUGCCUUAUAGUUGUCAGCCUUGUGCCUCAAAGACACGGUACUACCCACAAUCCAGGAGUCUCUGUCUCUGUGCCCCUUUCUCUCACUGUCCUGAGACUGCUGAGGAUCCCCAUUGCUGUCCAGCACGUCAGACUCUAGUGUGGGCGGUGGGCAGCCCCCCCCCCCCAGACUGUCAGCACUACCUCUCCAGGGACAACCCACCAGGGAGCUGACUGGGCCUCUUGAGUCGUCCCCUGCCUGGAAGCUGCCCCAUUCUGGGGAGCAGGUGGCCAGCAAAAUCCUCCAACGAUACAGCGGCAGCUGUUACGCACAAAACCUUUCGAGAACCCCUCUUUGUGCGAGAGACAUGGAAAGGGGAGUCGUUGUUAACGCAAACUCGGGGCAAACCAGUGGGUCCGAGGCCUGACAGUCCACCUGACCUCAGAGCCCACGGCGCUUCCCCUUGGGAACUCUGCCGUGUCCAUUUCCGCUUGGAAAAAGCCAGCGAUUUGAACUCUCUCUUAUCAGCCUGUAGCCCGGAGCUGUGGCGGGAGGUCCUGACAGGCGGAGGAGGAAGUUCUGAGGUGCUAGCUUCAGCAUCCAGUUGGGUACAGAUGUGAAGGACUGUUCCAGACUGCAUCUUCCUCUACAGGGAACUCCUAACCCUCUCAGGACCUCUUUCCCCCAGGAAAGAUGAAAAUGGGAAUUAAAUUCUCAGGAAGACAGGGAAGUAACUAGAGACAUCCCACUGUUGACUUGAAAAUAAAUAGGUUCUCUGUCUCUGUUUCUGUCUGUCUGUCUGUCUCUCUCUGUUUCUCUCUCUGUCUCUCUCUCUGUCUCUCUGUCUCUCUCACACAUACACACACACACACACACACACACACACACACACACACACACACACACACCCCUUGUAAAACUGCCAUACAAGUACACAGAAAAUCCGGCCUCUCCCCAUUGUUCUCCAGGUUCCUUCAGUCCUGACCCCUGUGCCAACAGGCUGGGCCGGCCCAACCUGGGAGAGCAUCCCACUUCUUCCUAACUUGAACCUGACCUUUGCUUUGUGUCCAUGUGUGAAGUGAGCCAAUGAGGCUCCUCCGCAGAGUUAAGGCACAGGGCUCUGACAAACAGCCAGCACAUUCUUGGCCACAGCUGCUGCGUCUCAGUGAAUUCAUUAUGCCAUCUGGCUGCCAAUGGAGCCCAAAACUUGGAAGGCUGAAAGACAAUGUUAUCUGGGAUUCACUGUGCCCAGCACUCAAAGUGCCAAAUUCCAGGAGGAAGAAAACCCCAACCAAUGACAAUUUACCCUCCCCUACUCCACCUCCUCCAAAGUCCAAGAAGCAGAAGGUCACAGAGCCGGAGGACAUUAUAAGGCCUUUUUAAACCAAGUGUCUAGAUCCCAUUAACCUGCAGGUCAGGCCUGGAACUGAAAGGGAUUGCUGACUCACCGGUGGCCUGGGGUUUGGGUUUGUUUUGGGGGGAGGGGGCAAGGAUCGGCAACAUGUUGAGGCUGUAUACACUCAGAACACACAGUGAAGGUGUUAUUAGAAACACAGGGGACAGGGGUACAAAAAAAAGAUCCCAAGAAAACUCCACAGUUGCAACUCUUGGGGCAGAGUGUAAACAUCACACAGACUGCCGCUCUGGACAUGACCGAGGCAGGAAGGGAGGGCGCAAGGGAACAGAAUAAUCCCGAUUUUCAAUUGCUGUGGAUGUUCUUACAGACACUGACCUGUGACAUAGGAUUCCCUGGAAGGGCUACAAACCUUACCUCUUGAGAUAUUUGUAUAAUUUAUUUAAAUGCCAAUCUCCUUUGUUUGUUUUGGUAAUAAAGUGGUCUUGAAAUGUG